CAAUAACAUUUUAGGUUAUGUUAUUUUUCUUCUUUACCCAUGUGUUUUGUGUGUACAAAAACAUGAUGUUCUGUGACUUACUUUGCAAUUCAGUUUCUGAUUUGUUGUUUUCAAAAAUUGACAUGAAUUUUUGAAAUAUAUUAGUAAUGUUAAGCGUAUUUUUUAAUUUAUCAGGCUAACAACGUUUAAUGUAUCCAAUUAUAUCUUUGUAAUCAGAGAUGGAGAAAAUUGAGGACAAUCAACUUACUGGAAAUGAUAUUCAAAAAGAGAUGAUGGAUCUUAUAGGAACCAUUGAUAGUACUUUACCACAAAUUAAAGAUUCAAUAUCUAAUCUUAAGAAAACUAUCUCUUCCAGUAAACCAUCGAAUCAAAAAGGUCUUAGCAUAUUAGAUGUCAAAAACAACAUGAUGCUAAUGUAUUUGUCAAACCUGAUGCACAUUAUUCUAAAGAAAUGUAAAGGAGAAUCAAUUCAAGGAGAUCAGGCUAUUGAAAGAUUGACUGAAAUAAGAAUUGUUCUGGAAAGAAUAUUUCCCAUCGAAUCCAAAUUGAAAUAUCAAAUACAUAAGUUGAUAAAAACAGCAACGACUGGGACAAUCGAUGAAAAUGAUCCAUCACGUUUCAGAGCCAAUCCUGCAGACAUGGAAGACGAAGAAGAUAGUGCGGAUUCUGAUGAAGAAGAUGACGAUGAUGGAAAUGAUGGACGAGGAGCUGCUAGCAAGAGAAAAUCUGGAAUCUAUGUUCCUCCAAAGCUUGCUGCUAUGCAUUAUGAUGAAGAUGAUAGUAAAGCAGCGAAGCAGGAGAAAUUGUUGGAGAGAGCUCGUAAGCAUGCGCUGAACAGCUCUGUUGUUCAAGAAAUGAGAGAAGAAAUAUUGGAUGCACCGAAGGAAGUGGGACAAGCCAACACGUUCAAAAGGAAACAAUCGGCUCGACAAAGGGAGAGAGAAGAAUAUGAAGAAUCCUAUCUCACUCGAUUGCCUAUAAAGAGCAAGGAAAAGCAGCGCUCAAGGGCUCUGAUGACUGAAGGCAUGUUGGGAUCUGAGUUGACACACUUCGAAGAUAUCUCUGUUCUGGAUCCCACGUCAGAACGUCGACCACCUCUGGAAAGAAGAGGAAAUCAACGGGGAAGAAGUCAUCAAGAAAAGGUUCUAAAUCGAAGAAGCGCAAAUAUCAUUGAAUUCGUGCUUGAAGUGCUUUGAAUAGGAGAGACUGCCAAAUGUUUCAGCUGAAUUCGUGCUUGAAGUGCUUUGAAUAGGAGAGACUGCCAAAUGUUUCAGCUGAGGAGGCAUGGUCACUACCCUCUCCAUACACUAUCUCUAUCUCUGUUACAACAAUUAUUCCCUCUAAAUAUGAAUUUAGUCAGUACUAGCCGACUACAAAUAUGGUUCUCUUGCAAAGAAGGUGUCGGGUGUCGUCAGUCGUCGCGUCGCUAUUUUGAAUACCACUGACCUUUUUUUGGACUCCCCAGAGCAUUUUAUUUUUUUCAAGUGAAUCCUAAUAUUAUUAUGUUAUCGUAAAAAAUAUCCAUAUAAAAUAAUUUUAUAGAGCUUUGAUAAAAUAAUAGGUAAUGUAUUGAAUAAUGUACAAGUUCACAUUAUUCGAAUGAAUUUCUAUGUUGGAAUGACGUGUACAUAAUUAAAUAAAGGUUGUUGCAACACUUUU